UGUGGAGGAGUGCAAGGUUAGCGCAAGGAAGAGGAGGCUUGGAGAGCCUGAAGACCGGACGGCCCCCAGGGAAACUGGCACCAUCCAGCAGCCUGCCUCCCGGCAUGCCUCAGCUCUUCCCCGCUCUGCAAGCUCCUAUCCGUCUCCUGGCUUCUGAUGCACCCUCAGAAUCCCCCCACUUCCUGAUCUCCAGCACCUCCCCCCGGGGGGGCUCUGUGGAAGGCGGUCCGGCUGACCCUCCAGCAGGGCAACACCAGGGGGCGCGCGCCUCCGCCCCAGCGCGCACUUGGCUACAGGUGCUGUCCCGGGGCCGCGCAGAGUCGCCUCGUCCUCCGCGGGGCCCCUGUGGGGAUCUCACUGUCCGGACGGCCUGUGCAGGAUCUCAGUGCAGAGAUUCGCAGCCACGAGUGUCCAUCCCCCGGGGGCCUCUGCAGGGUUUCUCGUUCUGGCCCGCCUAGCUCCCAGCCUGUGUGUUCCCUGCAAAGCCAUGUGGCUGUACGUGGCCGCCCUCGUGGGCCUCUGGUACCUUCUGCGCUGGUACCGGGAGAAGCAGGUGGUGAGCCACCUCCGGGACAAGUACGUCUUCAUCACGGGCUGUGACUCGGGCUUCGGGCACCUGCUGGCCAGGCAGCUGGACCUGCGAGGCUUGAGGGUGCUGGCUGCGUGUCUGACGGAGAAGGGGGCCCAGCAGCUGAGAGACCAGACGUCAGACAGGCUGGAGACGGUGAUCCUGGAUGUCACCAAGACAGAGAGCAUCUCUGCGGCCACCCAGUGGGUGAAGGAGCGUGUGGGGGACAGAGGACUCUGGGGCCUGGUGAAUAAUGCUGGCAUCUCUGUGCCCACGGCACCCAAUGAGUGGCUGACCAAGUAUGACUUCAUGAAGAUACUUGAUGUGAACCUGUUGGGGUUGUUGGAGGUGACCCUGAGCCUGCUGUCCCUGGUGAGGAAGGCGAGGGGCCGUGUGGUCAACGUCUCCAGCGUCAUGGGCCGCCUCUCCCUUUUCGGUGGGGGCUACUGCAUCUCCAAGUAUGGUGUCGAGGCCUUCUCAGACUCUCUCAGGGUCCUCCAGGCUACCGGACAAGGCCCGGCUGGACAGGGAGCAUGCUGGGCAGGCCUCCCAAGUCCUUGCCCCUCUGCCUGUCUGCCUUGCAGGCGGGAGCUCUCCUACUUUGGGGUGAAGGUGGCUCUGAUCGAGCCUGGUUACUUCAACACUAAUGUUACCAGCCCUGAGAAGAUUUCUAGGGCCAUCCAGGAGGCAUGGGAUUGGAUCAGCCCGGAGGUGAAGGAGAUCUAUGGGGAGAAGUUCCCGGCAUCUGUCAAGGAAUCAGUUGAAAAGCUGGAGUCAAAAUGCUGUAACAGUCUGUACUUGGUGACAAACUGCAUGGACCAUGCCCUGACAGCCUGCCACCCCCACACCCGAUACUCGCCGGGCUGGGAUGCUAAACUCCUCUUCAUCCCCAUGAGCUACAUGCCCACCUGGCUGGUGGAAGCCAUGAUGUACUGGAGGUCUCCGAGGCCCAUUAAGGCUCUGUAACCCAAGGCCGAGGUGCAUGGCUUCCCUGGGACAUUAAUCAGGAUUCCGGAGCUAUCAGAAGGAAAGAACCAAGUUUCGUGGCUGAGGAACAGGGACCCAAAAGCACACACCCAUGUCCUAUUCCUUGAAUGGCCUCUCAAGACUGUGAGCUUUUUUGGC